AUGAGGGACGCGAUCAACGCCAUGAACGGCCAGGAGCUCGACGGGCGGAACAUCACCGUGAAUGAGGAUCAGUCCCGCGGCGGUGAUGACGGUGGAGGAGGUGGGGGUUUCCGUGGUAGUCCUCGCCGUGAUGGUGGUGGGUAUGGAGAGAGGAAACGACGGAGCGAUUUCAUAUUAUUUGGGCUUUGCAAAAAGCUCAAGGGCUAUGUGCCCACUAGAUUUGGGGGUCGUCUGCAUAGAAGGGUCUCACCUUCUCAACUUCACCUUCUCUGGAUUCAUGGCUAUGAAAUCGACACCCGAUCUUUAAAACAAUCGACCGAGGCCCGGUCUGCGACUCCCAUGGAAACCCAUUCGCACUCCAUUCGGGUGCUCGUUCGUCCACCUCCCGUCCCAGGCUCCGGCGCCAAUCUUCCUCCACAAUUCCCACCACCGCCGCCGGCUGCUGACACUAAUUCAUUCCCUAGAAACGGCGUCGUCGUUGUUGGGUUCAUCGGGAGGCGACACCAUGAUGUAGCUCACCUCAUCAACAAGGUAAUUGAUUCACACGUUUUUGGCUCCGGGAAUUUAGCCAGCUCCUUUCGCUUAGAACCCGAUAAAAUCGACCUAGAGAUGGGUAAAUGGUUCGAGAGCAGGCGAUUGAGCUUUUACCACGACGAGGACCGGGGGAUUUUGUACGUGCAGUUUUCUUCUCUCCGCUGCCCAAUGAUUGGGGAUGGGUCUUUGGAGACCCGGGUCGGGCUUGAGCCCGUUUUUGAGGAACAGGAGUUAGGGGAGCUUCAGGGCUUGAUCUUUAUGUUCUCUGUCUGCCACAUUCUAAUACUCAUUCAAGAGGGGUCCCGAUUUGAUACUCAGAUGCUGAAAAAGUUCCGCAUUCUGCAAGCUGCUAAACAUACGAUGGCUCCAUUCCUAAAUUUACAAAGUUUGCCAUCCACAGUAUCUAAGCCACGGUCUUCGGUUCAUCCAAGGAUACCUCUUCCCAAUAAUCCUUCUCCCGGUAAAACCCGAGGGAUCCUAAAUCGCAAUGUAACUGUGAUGUCGGGUUUAGGGUCUUCGAAUACCUCAUUUUUACCCGGUCAAUGCACCCCAGUUGUGCUCUUUGUUUUUCUUGAUGAGUUCACUGAGGCUUACCCUAGUGGAAAUUUGGACGGGCCUCCAGAGGCCUCAUUGACCGGUUUGUCCAAACCGGGCCCGCCUCUGAAAGGCCCAGGCCCUGUUGUCGUACUUGCACGGCCCACGAACAAAUUUGAAGGUGGGCUUCGUAAGAAGUUACAAUCUUCCCUCGAGGCACAAAUUCGAUUCUCAAUCAAAAAAUGUCGAACACUCGAAAGCGGAACGAGGGAUGGCCCUCCUUUUACUGGCUCAUCAUCUCCUUUAUUUUCACUGGACUCGUCAAAAGCUGUCUCGCUUGUGGAUGCUCGUUCGUGCAUGAGUGGCGAGUCUCUUGAGUUUGCCAUUGGUCUCGUUGAACAAGUGUUGGAUGGGAAAGCCACACCAGAUUCCCUUCUCCUCGGGACCCAUGGAGAAAACAUGAAAAACGAGGGCAUUCUAUCUGUGAAGGAUUUCAUUUACAGGCAGGCCGAUCUUUUAAGAGGGAAAGGUGGUUCAGCAGCUGGCUCGAGCGGCGUGGGCUUGUUUGUCGCCGCAGCUGCUGCGGCCGCCGUCUCAGCCACCUCGAAAAAGAUGCCACAUACGCCCGAGCUCCCUACUUUUGAGACAUGGUUAUCAUCCUCUCGCUUAAUCCUUCACGAAAUUCUUUCUGAAAAAUGCAUUUCACAAGCAGAUGAAAGUGGACAAUUUGAGUCAGCAGUGUCUCCUUUGGGAAGUGGUGUAAGAUUCAACAUUAAAUAUUCAACGACUUGGUGUGAAAAAUCCUUCCCAGUUGCCAAAGGGAUUUACUUAGAUAAUCUGCCCUCUUGCUAUCCGAGUUCUCAGCACGAGGAGCAUCUAACGAGAGCCUUGCAGGCCCUUUCCUCAUUGGCUAAAGGGCCUGCCGUGCGGGUGUAUAUGGAAAAACUGAAGAACGAAUGCACAUCCAUCUGGGUUACGGGAAGGCAGUUGUGUGAUGCGGUGAGUCUCACUGGGAGACCCUGCGUUCACCAAAAACACGAUAAGGAAACUCUUUCGGUGGAUGAGAUCAAAUAUCAUUCGAGUGGGUUCGUGUACCUUCACGCCUGUGGCUGUGGACGCACGAGGCGAAUUCGGCCCGAUCCGUUUAAUUUUGAAACAGCGAAUUCUGUUUUUGAUGCUUUUGCCGAUUGCGAUAAACUUCUUCCCUCUGUUGAGUUGCUGCCCGGAAGCAUUGAUGGGCCCAUCCGGGCCUCAUCUUGGAAGUUGAUCCGCGUGGGGACUGCAAAGUACUAUGACCCCUCCAAAGGUUUAAUCCAGAGCGGGUUUUGUUCGACACAAAAGUUUCUCCCCAGGUGGACUCUAUUUCUCGAGAAGCCAACAGAAGAAGGUAAUAAUUCUGGGAAAGUUUCCUUGGAUAAAAGAAUUGUAAGAGUUGAAAACAAUGUUGAUGCAGACAGGCAGACACACAAUGAAAUCGGGGCGAAAACUAAUCUAUCAUUAGAUAUCUUUGUUAGCGGUGGCAAUAAUUCAAAUGCUAGUAGAGGGUUGACUAACUUUACAAUGAGGAAGCCAUUUUCUGAAGUUGUUGCUGGAACAGGUUCUGCCAGCUCAGCAUUUCCCCCCCUUCUGGCUAGGAGACAACCUGUACAAGAUACUACCGAAAAGGGCGUUAGACUACAUCACGGACAGCAUCGGGUUCUUGAUAAGUCUGGUCAGAAUGAUGGAAGUCCAUACUCUCAAAUGGUUGGAGAUAUUGAUUCAGUUGAUCGUGAUCUAGAUAAUGGCAAUCAAUUUCUGCACAUUAGUAGCACCUUAGUUCCUUCAAAUAUGAAUAGUAAGGAACAAGUAAAGGCUUCUGGUGUAAUGAAGCAUGUCACGGUUUAUGUGGGGUUUGAACAUGAGUGUCCCCAUGGCCACAGGUUUAUUUUAACUGAGAAUCAUCUUAGUGAACUUGGUCCUGCAUGCUCAGAUGCUGAAGAUAAUGUUGUUCCUUUACCAGUGGAAAACUCAGACAAGAAGCAGGAUCAGGCUAAAUUGGGUAGAAGUGGCGGGCAGGGUAGAAACCGGCGACGGUCGAAUGGAAUAAUUACAAGUGUUGGUGGCGAGAAAACGAAGAAUCUGGAAAAAUCGCGAGAAAAAAUGCCCAAUGGGAACAUGUCUUUCAAUAAGUCUAUGAAACCAACCAGGCAAAGCAAGGAUCAGAAUGAGAGAACAAAAUUUAUUGAUUUACUGAGAGACCCUGAUUCCGAUAAUAAACCAACAAAUGUUGAUGGUGGUGGUUGUGCUUUUACAUUAAUCAAUAGGAAUUUGCCAGUAUAUAUGGAAUGUCCGCAUUGUAGAGACUCUGCUACCAAGAAUGACGUGUCAAAUCUUAAAUUUGCAGGCAAUAUUUCACAGCUGCAGAGGAUCUUUGUGGUAACACCUUCAUUCCCUGUUCUCUUAGCUGCAAACCCAAUUGUACAAUUUGAGCUGUCAUGUCUACCUCCCACGAUUCCUGAUCGCGAAAGAAAGCUGCAGUUUAGUUUGGGCUGCCCAGUGAUUCUGCCACCUGAUAGUUUUCUCUCUCUAAGUCUCCCUUUUGUUUAUGGCAUAGAAUUGGAGGAUGGAAGUGUACAUUCUCUUACACCAUUCGAAAAUCAACCUCAGAUGACUGCCUGUAUCGUGAAAGGGACGGCUUUGAGGGUAGUUUCCAACAGAAGCAAUCUUGAUCCAGCCUCAGGUUCAUUUGGCAUCAGAGAAAGUCGGAUCACUAGAAGGUUCCUUUUCUGUUGGAUCAGCAAAUGGGUUUUUGCAUCAAGCUUCUAUAUGAUUGAACCCUGGGAUUUGUUGGUCCAACUGUCCAGGCACUCAUAUGCAGCGUGA